AUGUGGCUAUCAACGGGCUUGGUGCAAGGCUCUCCUUCACGGAAGACACUUGUGAACAGCAGACAUAUUUCGCCUACAUCGAGAUCAAGUGUUCCUGCUACAACUCCAGGCGAUAUCGACCGGCAGCAGACCUACCUACUAAUGGAUGAUAAGUCAGUGCAAUUCGUCCCGGACAAACUGGACGAAGCCUGGGAUUGUAUAUGUCGACCGCCUCGAAAGAUGGCUGCGACGCGGACCGAGCCUACGGCAAGGACAAGAGGCCACAGAAAGCGAGUUCGCAGAAGUGACGACGAUUCCAAGUCGUGGUCUGAUUCAGGAAGCUCCAGUGACGAUUCCAGUAGCGACGGUGGUUGUCCGCCCGCAAUCAGCCAGCCUGCUGUGCAGCAUAUCACAUAUCAAGGCCGCCCCGGACCUCCAGGUUUACCGGGGCUCUCCGGUGCAAAGGGGAAUACUGGACCUAAAGGCGAUAUGGGCAUGAGAGGCGAGACGGGUCCUAUAGGCGACACUGGACCUGUUGGACCAGUGGGCCCAGUGGGUCCUAUGGGUGAGAAGGGCGAGAAAGGAGAACAAGGACAAAAGGGUGAUGCAGGUGUUCCCGGUGGAUUCUGA